CCUGUCCACGUCAGUCAUGUCCAAGCCUGUUUAAGUUUAUGCGUUCGUGUUCAUGGGAACUCGUGUCAUAACCUAAGUCUUGGUUUUUACUCGAAAUCCGAUGAUAGUCGAUAAAUGAAACAUUUACGCAGAUGACAAGUUAUUUGGAUAUUUCCUAGUGUAAAUAAGUGCAGCAAAAUGUAUUGGACGCUGUGCAUAUUGAUAAUCGGAUCGUUCGGCUGCAAAUACAUCCAUGCUCAGGCGCAAAGAGUCGCACCGGGUGUACCACCUCAGCAUUAUCAGCAGCCUGGUCAAGUACCGCAGCAACAUAUGCACCAAGUUCCACAACAGCAACAAUAUCAACAAGUACCAAUGCAACAACAAGCUCCUGUUCAACAUAUUCCGAUACAACAACAGGCCCCUGUUCAGCAAGUACCAAUUCAACAGCAAGCUCAACAAGGACAUAGACAUGUACAUGAUCAAUCUCAUGGACAACCUCAGCUACUUAAUACCGCCAAUAUAAUUCAUGAAAAAGAACAUAUUGCAGAGCAUGCUGAUGUUCCAAUAGAUACCAACAAGAUGACAGAGCAGGAGUUGCAGUUUCAUUAUUUUAAAAUGCAUGAUGCAGAUAAUAACAAUAAAUUAGAUGGUUGCGAGCUCAUCAAAUCUCUUAUACAUUGGCAUGAACAGGGUAAUGUGGAAGGUAAACAAAACAAGUUGUUCAAGGAUGAGGAAUUGGUGCAAUUGAUAGAUCCAAUACUUAGCAUGGAUGAUACUAACAACGAUGGCUACAUUGAUUAUCCUGAAUUUAUACAAGCCCAACAGAACGCUGCUGCAGCUGCUACAAAUCCAUAAUUGUGAAUCUCUUACAGCUUGGUGUAAACUUUAAUUUAAAAUAAGGUUUAUAAAAGUUGUCUAUAGAGAAAAACUUUAUUAUGAAUAUUUCUUUAAUAACACAAUAUUUACAUUGCGCUGUUUAUAUGAUAAGCUGAGAUUUAUUACUUGUAUGACUAGUUUUUCACAGAUCUAAUCAGUAUAUACUAGUAUAUACAAUUUAAGGGAAGAGGAAAGUAGCUUUCUGUAUAUUGUCGAUAUUAUAUACAAAAAUGUAAUUAAAAAAUAAUUUGGGAAUAU